AUGGCGUGUGUUGACGAGUCGAAACAUGAAUUCGAAUUCACUGAAAGAUCGUUGACUGAUGAUGUGAGUGGAAAAAAUGAGCGAUUCACAAAUUUUUUAUCAUUUUUGCAGAAGGAAAUCCGAGAUGCCAUCAUUUACAAUGUUCCCGUCGAGUUUGUCGAGGCGUUCGUGCUCAAAAAGCCAGGUUUGUUCGUUUUGGCGACGUUUUCCAGUUUCGCCACCAAUUUUUGCCAAUUUUCAGGAGAUUUCUGCAUUUCCAAAGGGCUCGACGGCUCGUUUUAUCUCUCAAUUCACGGAGAUGUUCCGGCGAAAAGUGGCUCACCGAUCGUUCAUCUUCGUAUUGAGAAUAAUGCGUACGUGAGCGGCAACAUGAUAUAUCUCAGUUGUCAGUGGAGAUAUCACGAAGUUAUCAACUGAUAAAAUGUGUGUUAGGAAAUUUUGUACAUUUUACUAGUUGACUAUUUCUUGAUAGCUCCACCCACAGCUGAGAUAUAACCCAUUCUCUGUAAGACUCGAGCAAUGAGGGACAUAGGGAAAGAUUUUCACGUGAGCAUGUAUAUGGGGACUAGUGUGCACCAUAUGCACAAUAUUGGGUCCCAGCUCCGCGUUACGGUAGUACGGUAGGUGCUCAAAGGUGCACAACUCGAUUUUUUUCAAAAAAAUCGUGGAACGCUAAAACUUUUUUUGGGAUGUGUACAUCUUUAGAGUAUUCCCCUGUCAAAUUUCUCAAGUCUAAAAAAUUUUUAUUCGUGCGUUAUGAUGGAAAAUCAUCAUUUUUUAGUACUUUUUCUUAAAAAACAAAAAAUUACGGGGUUUAGCAGGUCAUUGGGACACUAACGAUCAACAACAAAAAUAUGCACCAAUAUUGUGGCUUUUGGCAAAAAAAAAGACAGAGUCAAUUCACCUUGUCCGAAGCUUGUUAUGACAGAUAUUCUGAACGUAAUUUUACUAUGUUUGACAGUCAAACCAAUUUAUGUUGCUGUAAUAGUAUUCUGAUGUGUUGCAUUUGUGGAAAUAAGACAGAAAAAGUACUAUUGAACAUUUGAAAAGUGUCUCCGCAAAUAAUUAUGAAAUAUUAAAACUGUAAAAAUAAUUUUUUCCACAAGCUAAUCGCAAUUAUGCCGAACACAAUUUAUGUCAGAUACAAAGUGCUGGGUUUUGUUUAAAUUAUUUAUUUCAAUUUUUUUUUGAUUUCCGUAUAGUUAUUAACCUUUUUUUUUUGAAUCAAUGGAGUACCUUUUUUUCAUUUUAUUUUAUUUGGUCAAAAACACAUCAAUUAAAAAAGCUUCACACUUCGAAGAUAUCAUUUCUUGAAUUUUCGAUUUCAAUGAUUAUUUUGUCAAAGUCACUAUUUUCUUCAUUAUUUUCAUCGUAGACGUCCCCCCAGUCAUCGUACUCCUUUGAGUUUAACUACUUUUCAACUAGUUCCCCUAAGUCCUCGUUUGCUUUUCUCUUAGCUCGCUCUCUCGAUUCCACAUCCAGCCUGCUUGGUGGUGAAAUCGAUCAGACAUGUGAUGCCGAUGAUGAUCUCGUUCUGUUCGUACUCCCUCCAAUAGAGCAGCUGAGCGAGCUAAGAGAGAAGCAAACGAGGACUUAGGGGAACUAGUUGAAAAGUAGUUAAACUCAAAGGAGUACGAUGACUGGGGGGACGUCUACGAUGAAAAUAAUGAAGAGAAUAGAGACUUUAACAACAAAAUAAUUGAAAUCGAAAAAUCGAGAAAUGAUAUCUUCGAAGUGUGAAGCUUUUUUAAUUAAUGUGUUUUUGACCAAAUAAAAUAAAAUAAAGAAAGCACUCCAUUGAUUUAGAAAAAAAGGUUAAAAACUAUACGGAAAUCAAAAAAAAAAUCGAAAAAAAUAAUUUAAACAAGACUCAGCACUUUGCAUCUGACAUAAAUUGUGUUCGGCAUAAUUGCGAUUAGCUUGUGGUAAAAAUUAUUUUUACAGUUUUAAUAUUUCAUAAUUAUUUGCGGAGACACUUUUCAAGUGUCUAAUAGUACUUUUUCUGUCUUAUUUCCAAAAAUGCAACACAUCAGAAUACUAUUACAGCAACAUAAAUUGGUUUGACUGUCAAACAUAGUAAAAUUACGUUCAGAAUAUCUGUCAUAACAAGCUUCGGACAAGGUGAAUUGACUCUGUCUUUUUUUUUGCCAAAAGCCACAAUAUUGGUGCAUAUUUUUGUUGUUGAUCGUUAGUGUCCCAAUGACCUGCUAAACCCCGUAAUUUUUUGUUUUUUAAGAAAAAGUACUAAAAAAUGAUGAUUUUCCAUCAUAACGCACGAAUAAAAAUUUUUUAGACUUGAGAAAUUUGACAGGGGAGUACUCUAAAGAUGUACACAUUCCAAGAAAAGUUUCAGGCUUUCACGAUUUUUUUGAAAAAAUUCGAGUUGUGCACCUUUGAGCACCUACCGUACUUCCGUAACGCGGAGCUGGGACCCAAUAUUGUGCAUAUGGUGCACACUAGUCCCCAUAUACAUGCCCAUAAAAUUUAUAAGCUCUACCUGCUCUAUCGGCUCUAUGUCCACCUCCACUAGGACCAUGCUCGAGUCUUACAGAGAAUGGGUUAUAUAUCGAUUUGAAUAAGAGCGUACCAAAAACCAGAAUACCUUGUAUUCAAACAGCUAUAUCUCAGCUACCACUGGAGAUAAAAACAAGUUGUCAACUUUAAAAAUGUUUAUUAACAAAUUCUCUACAUUUUAUCAGUUGACAACUUUUCGAUAAAAUCACUGCUAUCCGAGUAAUAUCCAUUUUCCAGUGACGAACUGAGCAUUCAUGGGCUCCUGUUCGCCCGCGCCAAAUCGCUCAAUGAACUGCUGUUUCAGUUGAAGAUAAAUCAUGUGAGCUUUUAGAGAAUCUGACAAAAUCGACAAUAUUCGUUUUUGCAGAUGGAAGUGCUCGGCGGAGUGCUCGAAAAAGAGCUGUCAAUGAAGAGACUUUUGGGCGUGGCGAUCGCCGAAAUGGACAAUAUCCAUUCGGAAAAGGAGAUUUACGGGAAGACGAUUCUCAAACAGGACUUUCAUCGAAUGGUAAAUACGGAUGGGGUUCUUUUUUAGGCCACGGCCAGGGGAAAGUUAGGCCACGGCCAGGAGAAAGUUAGGCCACAGAUGUUUCGCUUGUCUUCAGACCUACACUGGAAAUCUGGAGUUUGCGGACGGAAAAGUGCGUGAAGUGCUGUUUGAGCAGACUAAAAAUCCGCACUUCAAGGACAAUUUUCUCAAGCAUUUUUUCGAUGUAAGAACAUUGAUUUAAAAAAAAAAUGCUUCACAGAGAUUAUCGAUUUUUUUUUCCAGGAAAUUGUGAACGGCGCCGCGUUUAGUGCUCAAAAACUGCCGAUCCGCACGCCGAUCGCCGCGAUUCUCAAUCCGCCGACGCUGAUUUACGAGUACAAGGUUUGACUGCACGUUUUUUUCGAUUUUUUGGAUGGAUAAUCGCGGAAAGAUUGAAGAAAUGAGGAAUUCGUCCCUUUUUUUUUGCAGCACAAAGGACUCGGAAUGUCGUUGGAUGAGAUUCUGAAAAACCACGAUAAUCAGUUGGAUUUGGCGCAGAGAAUCAAGGUUUGGCGGGCGGUUUUAUCGAUAAACUUAUCGAUUCCAGAUGUGCUCGAGCGUGGUGCGUAUCAUGGCCGAGCUGCAUCACGCGGACGUUUUUCACGGCGCCGUCAAGCCCGACAACUUUUUCGCCGAUUUCAAAGGGCCGAAAGGGAGCGUCCAACAGUACGAACUCGUGUUCAACGGAUGCGUCGGUUUGCGAGAGUACGGAAGUGCGGAGAACGGAAAAAUCGGACUGUUCGACUACGAUCUGAACGCGCCCGAGCUGGCGUUCACCCGCAAACUGACGAAGGAGAGCGGCGUGUUCAAUGUGGGACGGCUCUUCGAGCAAAUACUCAAGACGGACAUUCUAAAGAUGUACACGGAGCAUCAGGGUGAGUGGAGCGGAAUUGCGCAAAAACCUUGUCCGCUCCAAUGUUUUGCAUAUGAGUAGCAGAGUUGAGCGGAAGAACUCAACGGAAGAAUUUUUAUCUUUUUUAGAAAAUUUUUUCAUGGAAUGUGAUCAACUGACGAAAUGUAUAGCAAAAUGAACUCUGCUCAUAGAAAAAUAAUUGUAAAUUUAGCGUUUCAUACAAAAAAGUUAUUCGAGUUGUUGCGUGAAAAUGUCCUUCCGUCUUCCCCGUUAGCCCUAACUUUUUUGUAUGAAACGCUAAAUUUACAAUUAUUUUUCUAUGAGCAGAGUUCACUUUACUCUACAUUUUGUCAGUUGAUCACAUUCCAUGAAAAAAUUUUCUAAAAAAGAUAAAAAUUAUUCCGUUCAGUUCUUCCGCUCAACUCUGCUGUGAGUAGUAGUCGUUAUUGCUCGAGUCGGUACAGUGAAUUUGCGAUAUCCUCUUGUUGAAACUGUGGCCUAGGUUACGAAUUGGAAUUUUAGGCCAGCAAAUUACUAUUGUAGCCAUUUUUUUUUCCAAUUGCAGAAGAGCCGCGAGCGUUGCGUGAAAUGCGUCGUCUGAUUGGCCGUGCGACGCGGGCGAAUCCACAGCAGAGACCCACGAUGAACGGCAUUGUCAUGAUGAUCCGCGAGGUGAGAGAACUAGGCCACGGCCACCAGAUUUGUGUUUCAAGUGUUUGAUUUGAUUGGACUCGCUGAGUAAUGAAAUGUUAAUGAAAUUAGUAAUGAAAUUGUCAGCCGAGAUGACGUUUGCAGGUCCUCUCGAUCAUGCCCAAAUCGGCGGCGCCCAUCAAUUUUGUCCACUUUGAUCAAUUGGAUGAUAACUGA